UGCUAGCGUCAAAGGUUUAUGUUCAGUUUGAGAUUAUUUUUGUUCUACACGAAAAAAGUACCAUAACACGAUUUGUGAAGAACAUCCGACAAUAAUUAGGUAGCAUUUGUGGGAAAAUAGUUAAGAAGGUUCAUUUGAAACCAUGUAAAAUGUGUAGAUAGCCGGCUAGCUGUUACAGUAGGACUGAGGGAACGUUCCAAGUUUUAGUUUGGAAGUCUUAGUGUUUCAUAGACAGCACUAUGGAGGAAGAGGAGGCCCCAGGAGAUGGAGAGCCGGAGACCUCCUUCUCCGCAGAAACCUACGCCGCUGAGGCCAUGGCCGCGGACAUGGACCCCUGGAUCGUUUUCGACUCCAGAAGAACCCCCAGAUCCGAGUUUGAUGGCUGGUUGGAAAGUAACAGGCCCUCACAAGUAAACAGAUUUGGCGAUGAGGAGGGUCGUAUGAGCCCAGUGGGGUGGAUCGCUGUGUUGGGUCCCAACCACUGUCCCAGUGGAGGGGAUGUUAUGGGUCUCCAGGAGAGCUGGGAGAAACUCUUGGACAGUUGCCGGCCUGUCACCUUUCAGACCGUGAAGGAGCUGGCCCUGAACCACGGAGUGCUGACAGGCAAAUGGCUCAUGCACUUGGACUCUGGUUUCAAGUUGGACCAUGCAUGGGAAUGUGUUGCCAGAGCAGCCCUAGAGGGCAAGAUCUCCCUUGUUAAAGUAAGUCCCUUCAAUCCCAAAGCGGAAGGCAAGCAGGUCAUAUGUGCCUACAACCAGAACUUCACCAAUGAGGGUGAAGUUAUAAAGUUGGACUCCAUCAUCCGUGCUACAGGGGUGAAAUGCCCCCUCUCAUACAAGCCAGAUGUUUACACAUACCUGGGAAUCUACCGAAACAAUCGCUGGAAGCUUUGUCCUACCAUUUAUGAGAGCAAAUUCGACCUGGAGUGUGUCCCUAGGCGUUCCCACAUCAUCAACAAAGUCACCAACCUCGAAGUAACAUAAACUAGGCUCAAAAAGAGGACUGUUGUUUGAAGAGGCCUUCAGUAUCUGAUCUGAUCUCAAGUUCUUCCAGUUUUACAGACAACAAAAAUCAGAUUUAAACCUUUUUGAAUAAGAUGAUCUGAAAUGCUUUCACUUUCUUUUAGUUUAUUCAUAAUAAUAAAAAAUCGAUUCUGUUUAUAGACUAACGCUUACUUGACCGGCAGAAGAGACUGAAAUCUUUGAUUUAUGUGCACGUAUUCAGGAGAUAAUUAGCACAGCUACUUAAAUAAUAUAUACAUAUGGCUUUUCUGUUCAGCUAUUUUCCUUGUUUUGUACUGAACUAUGAUUACAGCAUCUAAAUAAAAGUAUCAUUUUGAA